UUGUCUAUUGUAGGUUGUCACGACAAAACCGGUGCUGUAUACCCCGUUGGAGGAACGUAUAAAAUUAACUGCAACUUAUGCACAUGCGAACCGACGAUUGAUGGAUAUCGAUUCCACUGCAAGGACGAAGUUCCCUGCGUAAUUCAAGAGGACCUCUAUGAGAAGGUUCACCGCGGUCGAUACAGCUGGCAAGCACAGAACUACAGCCAAUUCUGGGGUCUGACGCUGGAGGAUGGAAUCAGGUAUCGACUGGGAACGCUGCUGUCAGAUAGGACCGUGAAGAACAUGAACGAGUUACCGAUCGAGAUGAUCCCACCUCUACCUGAAAGAUUCGAUGCACGCGAGAAGUGGCCUGGUUUCAUACACCCGAUCAGGGACCAGGGAGAUUGCGGUGCCUCUUGGGCAUUUUCUACCACAUCUACCGCCGCCGAUCGGCUCGCAAUUCAAUCCAAUGGCAAAUACCAUGACGUGCUGUCAGCUCAACAACUUCUCUCCUGUGACGUGGAUAAGCAAAGAGGUUGCAACGGUGGAUAUUUGGAUCGAGCAUGGCGAUACAUCCGACAGCACGGAGUUGUGAGCGAAGAAUGCUAUCCAUACGUUAGCGGAAGCACAAGCCAACAAGAGAGUUGCAAGAUUCCACAUGACCACAAAGUCUAUUGCGUGAACGACCCUAGUGACAACAGAGUCUUCAAGAUGACUCCGGCAUACCGAAUCUCCUCCAAGGUACGGCAACUUCGGGGAUUACUCAAGCCGAAACUGAGUGCUGAUUUAUUCAAAUUUCAGGAGGAAGACAUCAUGACUGAGAUAAUGGUCAAUGGUCCCGUACAAGCGACGUUCCUUGUUCACGAAGAUUUCUUCAUGUACAAAGAAGGUGUAUAUCAACAUGAACCUAUAGCCGCACAGAAAGGCUCACAGUACACUCGAUCUGGAUAUCAUUCAGUUCGAAUCUUGGGAUGGGGUAUUGAUCAUUCGACCGGCAGACCGAUCAAAUAUUGGGUACGUUGCCAGAAUUCUUUAUUAAAUAAUUUCUCAUCUUAAGA